CCCAGAGGCGGUGGAAGGGUCGGGGAGGCCAUGGUGACGGGAGGCGGGGGGCGGUAACUGACGCCGGAACCCCGAGGCGGCAGCGGCCGGUUUAGCGUGGCCUGGCAGGGCUUGGAGGACCGGCCGGCGCGUGGCAGCAUCCAGGGAGCCUGAGGCCGGGGAGUCGUGCGCAGGCGCUACUCGGUUGGGCCGUGAGCUGGCCGAGGCCUCGGCUGCGAGACCUUCCCGAUGCCGGUUGGGGCUCUGCGGAGCAGAGCGGAGGCUGCGCCCGGGCCUCGGGCGGGGUAGAAGGCCGGCGGGCCCGCUGCCCUGCGCGCGGUGGAUGCGGCGGCGGCGAUGGACGCCCUAGAGGAAGAGAGCUUCGCGCUGUCCUUCUCUUCCGCCUCUGAUGCAGAAUUUGAUGCUGUGGUUGGAUAUUUAGAAGACAUUAUCAUGGAUGAUGAGUUCCAGUUGUUACAGAGGAGUUUCAUGGACAAGUACUACCAGGAGUUUGAAGACACGGAAGAGAAUAAGCUCGCCUACACACCUAUUUUUAAUGAAUAUAUUUCUUUGGUAGAAAAGUAUAUAGAAGAACAGCUGUUGGAGCGGAUUCCUGGAUUUAACAUGGCGGCUUUCACUACAACUUUACAGCACCAUAAAGAUGAAGUGGCCGGUGACAUUUUCGACAUGCUGCUCACGUUUACGGAUUUUCUGGCUUUUAAAGAAAUGUUUCUGGACUAUAGAGCAGAAAAAGAAGGCCGGGGACUGGACUUAAGCAGCGGUUUAGUGGUGACUUCAUUGUGCAAAUCUUCUGUGACAGCUUCCCAGAACAAUCUGCGGCCGUAGGUCCCACCUCCAGGUAAUGGGAUCUUUCUAGACAUCACCAGCCCAAUAGACUGGGAGAGGCUUUGGCUAAUGAUGUCAGAAGAAUACAUCUUGGAAUGACUGACUGUUCUGCAACUCUUCGUUAAUGUUAAGUAUUGAUGGGUCAGAAGAAAAUGACCUGACCUUCCUGGGACACAUUCUUGUCUUCAGUAACCCUAGUACUCCUACCUGAGUAGACACCUCUUUCAGGAGCUUCUGAGUCUGGCUCCUGCACCAAGCCCAAGUCCAGCAUUCCACCUGGGGGGCACUUCCCCAGCAUACGUGUUGGUGUGUCCAUGUUGGAAGAACCCCCCAUCACCAACUCUCUUGGCCCAGCAGGCCUUGCAUGUCCCGCCAGGCUUUUUGUGCACUCAUAGCUUUUUACAUGGGUCAGAGUUUCAGUCCUGCAGCCUCAAUGGGCUUUUUGACUGGGAGUAUUUAUCUAGGGUUUAACUCAAGCUAGGUGCCCAUCUCAAGAUUUCUGAAACUCCUACUAUCACAGCUAGUCUUGGCUGUAGGAAUCGACUUAGAGUUGUCCUUUACUUAAAAAGGUACUUGUGAAAAUCAGUUCCUAGUCUUACAUGUACAGUCCUUGUAUCAUUUCACUGUCUUCUACUGGUCCUGAUGUACUCCCAUUGUUUCUAUAACUCGUUUAUGUUUUUGAAAACAUAUUUUUAUAGAUGAAUACUCAGGCUAACCUAGUGGAUAUAAUCUUGGAACAUCCAUGAUUACCCACUUCAAGAUCAAAGUAUUAUAUUGCUGUGUGCUUUUUAGCUGUUAGUGCUAUGAAAGCAAAAAUGCUUUCUAUGUUGGUGUUCCUAUUUUACUGGGCACCAAUGAAUGUAUGCUGGAAGUAGUCUAAAAGGUUUCCUUUUCUUAGAGCAUGUUAGUAUUUGUGCAGGUUUGCUUAAAACCCUUUCUGUGUAAAACAGCUCCUUAGGUUUUCUGUUGGGGUAGGGGCUCUGCACUUCCUUCUUGCUGUCAAAAUCAUCUUACCAAGAUAGUGUUCCACUGGUCUAGCUCAGUAGGAGAUAGCAAACAGCUUUACUGGUCAUCUGUCUGCUUGGAUUUAGUACACUGGUUUAGUACAAUGUUUGAUAGAACAUUACUGACCAGAAAACAUGGAUGUCACCUCUCUAGAAAGAAAUACUAUAGUAGUUCAAUUCCCAAUGUGUACCUUAGUUUUUUUGUUGUUGUUUUUAUUUUUAUUUUUCAAGUAAAAAUAAGAAUCUCUACUGACUUUUCA